AUGUCGCAAGGCCUCCUUCCCCACGCUCUCCUUGACUUCACUCUCGCUCGCGUUUCCGCGCGCCUGGAGCGGCUCGCUCUCCGCCGCUCUGCGAGCCUCGCUACAGGCCGAAGACACGCGCACCAGAGCGCUGCCCUCGCCCAUGUGGUGCCCCAGGAGUACCUUGAGGACAGCGAUGACAGUAUACUUCACCCUGCCGCGCCAGCGGACACCAGCAUACCCUCCACCCUGUUCCCGCAAUCUACGGUUAGGGCCGCUGCGGACCUGGAGAACCAUCUCGCGCAGGUGAAGGAACAGUCUUUGGUCGAGGACCAGCGCGAAGCAGACGAGGCUGCAUUGCGCGGGAUCGUUCAGUCCCUGUAUGCGCACGAAGGCAGCGCUAUCCCCUUGGAUGUCAAGUCUCAAUGUACGGCUGCCAUUGCGGAGCUGCGCGAGCUUGUCAAAGUGCUUGAGAGGGCCCCCGUGAAGACGCAGGAAUCAUUGACGGUUCUCCCCGAGGAGAAGUGGCAGUCGUUGGUGCGGAUGUGUGUUGAGGUGGGGGACUUGUCAGCUGCUGAGAGCGUCGUGGACCUCAUGAAGCGCGCCAGGUCACCAUUCGAGACGGCGAUGGUGCCGGUCAUGGACUACUAUGCGUGCCGGGGAGAGGUCGCCAACGCGGAACGGUUCCUUAAUAAGUACUGCCCGACUUCGCGCCCAGAAAAAUUGCGGGACUUGCACAUCAAGACCCACAUCCGAUCGGUAGACACUCCCACAUUCCCCGCCACUGCGCUCGCCGUCCUCCACCAAUAUGAGACCGAGGGUCAGCCCGCCCCCCAGCGCAGCUAUACCCGCUGCAUCCACCACCUCAUCUCCACCCGCUCUUCCGUCGCCGAGGCGCAAGCAUGGGAUCUCUUCGCCCACAUGCGAUACGUCGCGCACCCCACCCCCGACGCUGUCCUCUACACCGUGAUGAUGCGCGGUUGCGGCUCGCGCGUCAUGUCCCCACAACCAGCACGCGCUCUGGACCUCUGGACGGAGAUGACGGUCGACAAACGCAUAGAGCCCCCCAUCGACGCGUACGUGGCCGUCAUGUAUGCGCUCGCGUGCUCCAACCAAAAGAUCUACAUCGAUCGCGCGUUCCAGCUCGCCCGCGAGAUGCUGGACGGGCGACGCGACGCCUACGGCCACUCCCCGUUCGAGCCGGACAACAGAGUGUUCGCCGCGCUGCUCGAGGGCGCCAAGCGCCUGGGUGACCUCUCGAAGGCGCGUUGGCUCCUGGCGGAGAUGGUGUCCGCGAGCCUUCGCGGGGCGCAUACGGGCGCCCGAGCUGUGGUAGUGAACGCGAAGGCGAUGCGGCAUGUGUUCAAUGCCUACACCGUCUACCGCCCACCGUUCGUCCGGGGGGCCGCGCCGCUGGUGGAGGAAAAUGCGCCUGCGGUACUACAAGCAAGCAAGCCCACACCACCAGGAGCAACUGUGAGGCGGGAAGCGUUCAGACCGACGCGCAAGAAGGAGUGGAGAACGCCCCCGAACCGCCUCCACGAGUCCCGGUCGCGCAAGAAGAACCAGCGUUCACGGUCACCCUUCCCCAAAGCAAGGCGGAAAUCAUCGCGGAAGGACGUCAAACCCGACACCUCCCUGCUCAACGCGUACCUCGCCGUCCACUACAAGCACGCGCCGUUCGAAGAAGGUGUCCACCUCUACAAGACGCUCUUCGCCGAGCAUGGCAUCGAGAAGAAUGCGUGGACACGGGCGGCGUUCACGCUCGCCCACGAAGUCUGGGACGAGUGGCGUGUCGUCGAGGAAGAGUGGCGACAGAAGGGCCCCAACAAGGCGCUCCUAAACCCGCGUCUCGUCGAGCGCGCCCACGUCGCCAUGAUCCGCGUCCUCGCCUUCGGGUGCGCGACUUCCACGCCGCGUACCCGCCGCGCGCGGUGCUCCCUGCGUGCCGAAGCUGCCGCUGCGCUCGACGCGGACGGUGCUCGUCGCGCCGCGCCCGCUCGUGCGCCUGGUCUCGCCGCGGGGAUCCCGGACACGAGCGUGCCGCCGCUCCUCACGUUCUCCGACCUCGAGCUCCUCCACCACCGCCUCGUCGACCGCGGCGACAAGGAGUCGAUCGGGUUCGUCAAGUUCGUCUGCAAGGCGUACCAGGGCGCGCUCGCGCGCCGGAAGGAGGCGACGCUGGACACGCGGCCCGCCACGCAGCCAGAUGGCGAGAAGCGGGGGCGAGGAACAUUCCUGGAUAUUUGGGACCAGAACAACGACAAGAGUCGCCGUCUUCGAGCCGGUGGCUAG